AUGGGUGAUGAGAGGAUGCACGAGGAAUUUUCAUCGGCGUCCCUCGGGGGCAUCCACGGGCCGCGGAUCGUCCGACCGUCUUUCCACCUCCUCCUCGGACGGAAAUCCGCGGACGGGGAUCGUUCUCUCUCGGACGGACCGGAAUCUCGCGUCUCCGCGGACGCGAGGCAUCGGAGGGAGGACGCGGGGCAUCGGAGGGAGGACGCGGACGUACACCUGGGCCUCAUGAAUCAUGCAUCGCUUUUUCUCUCCUUCUCCGUCUCGUAUGGAGAACGAGGCCCGGGGGCUCUUCGCGUUUUCCCUCUCCUCUUCGCGACUCUCUUCCUCCCUCUCUCGUCGAUCGGGAGGCACGGUUUCGUCAUCGAUGCCGGAUCCGGCCGCGUUCCGUACCGGGACGAGGCGGGUUUCGUCGUCGACCGCAGAAAGGAACUCGCGGCGAGCGGCGAAACCGAAAGUCGAAACUUCGACGAACGAUCCGAACGAGAUAAGGAGGAUCUCGAAGCCCUAUUCGUGGCCGUGGGCGGAGGGGGAGAGGUGUACGGGACGGGCACUUCCGUCCCGUGCACGUUCGCCAUCACCCCGAACGAUCCCGGACCAUCAGGGCAAGGUCAAGGUCUUCAUCUCGACGCGGAUCCGAUGAAACCCAGAAGGGAAUCGGCGUCCCAGGUGGACGACUUCUUCGAGUCGGGGCAUCGGUUCUCCGGUCCGUGUCUCAAGCCGCCCGGUUACGUCCUGGCUUCCAUGCCGGACGAGGUCUUUCAGCAGCCGCAACAGCAGCAUCACCAGGACCUGUCGGGGGAGAUGGUCCCUCCGUCCCUCGUCUUCUCGGGGUUCACGAGUCAGGACAUCUCGGAACUCGACCUGGGUCAGGACGAGAAGCUGGUGGAGGUGAAAAGCGAAGAGGUCCGAGGUCGGGCGGAAUCGUCCCCGUUCGCGUGCGAUUGGUUGAUGGGGGUGUCGUCGUGCGGCAUCUCCGACGACGGCAACACGACGUCCGUGGUUCCGGAGGUCCAGGGUCUCCGAUUCCAUCAUCAUCAUCACCAUCACGAGGACGCUCAGAGCCACGGGGACGCUCUGGGCUCGAGCGGCCUGCUGUUGAUGCCCCCGCCCUACCCGGUCCUGGAACCGCCGCCUCCACCCCCGCCGAGCAGCAACCAUCUGGCGCCUCCACCCCCACCGCCGACGACUCCGAACCCCGCGCCCAGUUCCACCCGGCCCGGUUCCAGCACGAACCAGCCCAAAUACAACAGGAGGAACAACCCGGAGUUGGAGAAGAGACGCAUUCACCAUUGUUGCACCAAAGUGUACACGAAGAGUUCCCACUUGAAGGCCCAUCAACGAAUACACACCGGUGAGAAGCCGUACAGGUGCCAGUGGCCGGACUGUCAGUGGAGGUUCGCGAGAAGUGACGAACUCACCCGCCACUACAGGAAGCACACAGGGGCGAAACCCUUCACGUGCACCGUGUGUCAUCGGUCCUUCGCCCGCUCCGACCACCUCGCCCUUCAUGCCAAACGCCACCUCCCCAAACCCCCCAAGUCCUGACCCCAACUCCCCAUUCCCGUAUUCCAGAGGAAGCCCACAGACGUGAAACCCAUCCCGUGCACCGUGUGUCACAGGUCCUCCGCCCGCUUCGAUCACGUCGUCUUCUGCGCCAAACGCCACCAACCCCCGCCCCCCUUCCAUAUUCUAGAGGAAACGCACAUGAGGGAAACCCUUGAUGUGCACCAUGCGUCGUCGAUCCGUCGCUAGCUCUGACAACCUCGAACCCAUCACCCCCAAAUCCUGACCAAAACUCUCAAACCCUCGUCGCCUUUUCCAGGGUGAUCAGCGUCUCUUUCACAUGUACAAAAUCGUGUUCGUCCUUUUUCUGCCCUUUUCUCACACGCGUUUGAGCGAUUAUCGUGACAAUUUGCAGAAUCUUGAAAGAAUCCCGGUGGAAAUGCCCUCAGUCAUAUCAGGCAAUUACCUCGAAGAAAUUCCCUGAAUUUCGCAAGAUCUCAAAUACUGGGCAAGUUUAUACGUAAGAUGUGCAAGGCAAGCCGCUUCGGGCGUAGCCAUCAACAACUAAAAAGGCAAGGUUGCCUACCCUUUCUCGGUAGGGAAUGCAAUGCCCUUUUCCUUGCCACGUAUGCCAUCACGCGUUUGAUGGGAUCUAGUUGGCAUGUGCUUUGACGAAACCAUCACUCCUCUAAAUUUGAUUUUAGGGGAUCGUGAUAUUGGACCUCGUUUCGACCUCAGUAUUUUUUAACAGUACCGGUUGGGAUCGAGACUACAAGGUCCCUUGUUGUAACCAUUGCAGGUUACUGGUACAAAUUCUAGUUAUUGUGCUGCUGCAAAAAAAAUUGCUAAGAUGUCCAUUGAACAGGAUCAGGAGAGGGUUAUUAUUUUCUGGACUGACUAUGAGUACAAAGGGACAGAGAGCCUGGUGAAACGUGGAGAUGGAGAGAAAGGAGAACACUUCACAAUCAUCCCUUCUGUGAUAUCGUCAAGGCAGUCAAAUUUUCUUCCCCUUUCAGUCAGACUUAUUUCACUCGCUCCAGAUAUCCCAGUCCGUUGCACAAUAGAAACAUGAAUUCAUGUCUUUGGAUCCCACACAUUUUCCUGGUUCAACAAAUACCCAGCCUUCACUUCUCUGCUAGAGAUUUUACUGGGA